UAACAAUAUGGAGGAGACGAGUAGAGAAGAGGGAUGGUUUAAAUGUCCGUUUAUUGAAUUCAGCCGUUCUUCUCCACUCCCACACUUGAUUACUGAGAAAGCAGGCUGCUGGUGGCGGCAGAAGGCGAGGAAAGCAGUUGGUAAAAGAAAGGAGCUUGGGGGAGUUGAGCAACAGUAUGGGGAAGAAAACGAAGAAGCCCGGGAAAGGAAAAGAGAAAACCGAGAAAAAAACGGUUAAGGCAGAGGAGAAAAAGGCUCGCAGAGAGGCCAAGAAGCUCUCUCCUGAAGACGACAUUGACGCCAUUUUAUUGAGCAUACAGAUAGAGGAUGCAAAGAAGAAGGAAGUCCUUGUUGAGGAUAAUGUCCCUGCACCGUCACCUCGAUCGAACUGUACUCUGAGCAUUAAUCCGUUAAAAGAGACUGAAUUGAUCCUCUAUGGUGGUGAAUUCUACAAUGGCAGCAAGACAUUUGUAUAUGGUGACCUUUACCGUUAUGAUGUGGAGAAGCAAGAAUGGAAGCUGAUAUCUAGCCCCAAUAGUCCACCUCCACGGAGUGCUCACCAAGCUGUUGCUUGGAAGAAUUAUCUUUACAUUUUUGGUGGGGAAUUUACAUCUCCAAAUCAAGAGCGCUUCCAUCACUAUAAGGACUUCUGGGUGUUGGACCUCAAAACCAAUCAAUGGGAACAACUUAAUUAUAAAGGCACCCCAAGUCCUCGCUCGGGUCAUCGAAUGGUCUUAUACAAGCACAAAUUAAUUCUUUUUGGUGGCUUCUAUGAUACCCUCAGAGAAGUAAGGUAUUACAAUGACUUGCAUAUCUUUGACCUAGAUCAGUUCAAGUGGCUAGAAAUCAAGCCGAAGCUUGGAGCUUUAUGGCCUAGUGCCCGGAGUGGUUUUCAGUUCUUUGUUUAUCAAGAUGAGAUCUUUUUAUAUGGUGGCUAUUCGAAGGAGGUUUCCUCCGGUAAAAGUAGCACAGAGAAAGGAAGUGUUCAUGCAGACUUGUGGUCGCUUGAUCCAAGGACUUGGGAAUGGAACAAGGUAAAGAAGAGUGGGAUGCCUCCUGGUCCUCGUGCUGGGUUUUCAGUAUCUGUGCACAAGAAGCGCGCUGUAAUGUUUGGGGGAGUGGUCGAUAUGGAAAUGGAAGGUGAUGUAAUGAUUAGCUUGUUCUUAAACGAACUCUACGGCUUCCAGCUAGACAACCACAGAUGGUAUCCCUUGGAGCUGCGCAAGGAAAAGAAUACAAAAGAUAAGUUGAAAAAGAUAUCUGAAUUAAGCAGCAGUAAUAAUGAAAUUGAAGACUGUUCUAAUAUGGAAAUAGAUGAGAGUAUGGAAGAAACCGAUAAGGAAGCUUAUGCUGAAGCCAAGGUUGAUCUCAUCUCUGAGAAUAUGGGUACUAGCUUGAGUGUAGCUGAUGCAGGCUCUUCAACCACUAAGUUUGGCAUAAAGGUUGACAAGGCCAAAGUGGUGCAAAGUUCAGCAUUCCCUGAGGUUGUGAAGCCCUGUGGACGAAUCAAUUCUUGCAUGGUGGUCAGUAGAGAUACAUUAUACAUGUAUGGAGGGAUGAUGGAGAUUAAAGACCAGGAAAUAACACUUGAUGAUUUGUAUUCUCUCAAUCUCAGCAAACUUGAUGAGUGGAAAUGCCUCAUACCGCCAUCUGAAUCUGAAUGGGUGGAAGCCUCAGAGGAUGAUGAUGACGAGGAGGAUGAAGAUGCUAGUGAUGAAGAGGACAGUAAGGACAGCAAUGUAGAUGACUCUGAGGAAGAUGAUGACGAGGAUGAUGUCACUGAGGAGGGCAAUGAUGUGUCUGGAUCACUUCAAGUGGGAGAUGCAGUUGCUAUCAUAAAGGGUGAGAAGAAAAAUCUUCGAAGGAAGGAGAAACGAGCGAGGAUAGAACAGAUAAGAGCUAGUCUUGGCCUUUCCGAUUCACAAAGAACUCCAGUGCCUGGAGAGUCUUUGAGGGAUUUCUAUAAGCGGACGAAUGUGUACUGGCAAAUGGCAGCACAUGAACAUACUCAACACACUGGGAAGGAGCUUCGUAAAGAUGGGUUUGAUCUUGCUGAAGCUCGAUACAGGGAGCUUAAACCAAUUCUUGAUGAGUUGGCCAUUUUAGAGGCAGAGCAGAAAGAAGAAGAGAAAGAAGAGGGGGAAACAAGUUCCAGAAAGAGGGGCAAGAAGAAAAACAAGUCUAGUUCCCUGCAAUAGACUCAUCAACCAAGAGCGUUUGAGAGGGUGAGGAAAAAUUUAAUUCAAGCGCAAUCUGUCAUCCUUUAAGCUAUGAUUAUGUUUGUUUUCUGGAAGAAUUUGCAAAUGGUUAAUGGUAGAGUACUGGGGUAAGGGUCAGUUUCGAGGAAAUCAAAGCAAAAUUAGUGCAGCUUGUUACCAAAAUCAGCUUGCUAGUACUUUUGUAAGGAUGCCUGUGUUAAUGUGGCACACUGUAGACCCAAAUGUCCAGACUGAUGCAACCGAAGCCUUCAUAGCAGGAGCUUCAUAAGAAAUGAAUUACUGUUCUUGUGACACCAAGUUGAUGUUCGAAGUAUAAAUCAUAACUAUGAGU